ACACAGGGUGUCAGAUACCUCCUCCUCCUUCUCUACUGCUCCUGCUUCCGCUGCUCCUGUCCCCGGAGGAGAAGAUGGGUUUACAAGUGUUUGUUUGAGGAGCGAUGGAGGCGAGUCUGUCCUCUGAAGAGUCAAAGAUCCGCGUGUUUAAAACCCGGGUUUUAGAAGCUGAGCGAUAGGACAGGGGUGGAUGGGUAGUUUGAAGGGGGAGUGUAGUUUAUGUAGUUUAGGGCGGCUGUAGUUCAGGCAGCUGUGUGUAGUUUUACUUGUGUUUUUUCCAUUAGUCUAAACUGAGGACACUCCUCUCCUCCAACAUCAGCCAGAAGGACCGAGACUACCGCGCCUGAGAGCGAGUCGUUCUUUUCGUGGGUAGCUUAAGAGCAGGGAACACAAGAAAAGCAGUGAUUCAGCCGAGGUGUUCUGGAACAGUCCAGGAGAGUGCUCCAUCAUGGGCAAACAGAACAGCAAGCUGCGUCCAGAAGUCCUGAAUGACCUGCGGGAAAACACAGAGUUCACGGACCAUGAACUACAGGAGUGGUACCGCGGUUUCCUCAAAGAUUGCCCUACCGGCCACUUAACAGUAGAGGAGUUCAAGAAAAUCUAUGCCAACUUCUUUCCCUAUGGUGAUGCCUCCAAAUUCGCAGAGCAUGUUUUUCGUACAUUCGACACCAACGGUGAUGCCACUAUUGACUUCCGGGAGUUCAUCAUUGCGCUGAGCGUGACAUCCCGUGGAGGCCUGGAGCAGAAGCUUCGCUGGGCCUUCAGUAUGUACGACCUGGACGGAAACGGAUACAUCAGCCGGGCUGAGAUGCUGGAGAUAGUACAGGCAAUUUACAAAAUGGUCUCAUCAGUGAUGAAGAUGCCCGAAGACGAGUCAACCCCUGAGAAACGAACUGAUAAGAUCUUCAGACAAAUGGACACAGACAAUGAUGGGAGACUGUCCCUGGAGGAGUUCAUCAAGGGUGCCAAGAGCGAUCCUUCUAUUGUCAGGCUGCUGCAGUCUGACCAGAGCUCUUCACGCCAGUUCUGAAAGUAGCCAAGCAGCAGCUCCUACAGGAAACCCUGCCCCGUACCGUCGGCCUCAGAGGAACAUCAGCCUAUUGCUCCCAAAGACACAGAGACUGCAUUUGAAUAAGAGAUCUACACAGAACCCGGAUCAUUUAAGUAAAAGAGGACAGGAAUACAAUCUGUAUCUGUAUACAAUACAAUGAAAUCUAGUACUCAGAUGUACUAUUCUGUCACAUCAAGGUUCUAGUUGACCCACAAUAGUUCCUUGAGGGUGUGGUGAAAGGAAGGAGUACCAUUGUUCUGAUCCAAGUCCCUUGAUUUUCAAAAAGCUAAGCUAUAGUUUUAUAUUUCAGAUGCUUGGUUUUUACAAUGCCUGUAGCACACUAUAUAUAACAAAACAUUUUUUUUUAGGUAAAAUGUGUUUCAAUUCAUUCUAAAGACUUGUCCGGAAUUCAUCGCAAUUACAAGUAAUUGGCACAUUUUCCUAUUAUUUCCUUUCCUUUAAACUCAAUAUGCAAGCAAGCAUGGAUAAGUUGCACUUAGUAAAGUACCACUUGUGUGACAGAGUAGCUUUGAGUCCAAAAAUCUUGAUGACACACAGGUGUAAAUUCGAUGGGGUUCUGGAAUUUAAACUGCAUCCAUUUAUGGAAGUAGUACAGGAAAUCUUUCAGUGUUUAGUCUUGUAUCAGACUUGUUUAAAACUAAAGGCUCUGGACAAUUAAUGCUUUUUUUGCCAGCUUACGUAUUUUCAUAGUUUUAGACAUCUGCCAAUACACUAUGCUUUGUCAAGGUUGAAUUGCCAAAACUAGCAUUUGUGUUGAAUGUAUAAGAGUGAUCGGUAUCUUUCAGUGAUUCUGUAAUUAUAUUUGUGUUAGGCAAGACAAGAGGUGUAGUUAUGAAGAAGAGAGUUACAGUGCUGUUUCUUUGUGUAGCUAGAAUUGGAAUAUCCAGCCAUACUGUUGUAAGAAAAAAAGGAAAGUCAGCAAAAAUCAUCAGCAUUCAGAGGACUGCAGCUUUCCCACUGAAUGUUUCAUAUUCAUUUGUAUACAUUGCAUAUUUAAGAACUCAUCAAUACACCAUUAUUUAAAUACUAGUUUGGAGCACUAACACUUCAGAAAGGUAAAAUAUUGGUGUUUACAUCCAUAAUAAAAUCCACUCACUUCA